GGAUUCUGGUCAGGUCUGGUGUGGUGGGUGGGGCGACUACGGGCAAGCUGGAGCCGAGCCAGUGCCAGAUAAACGUUGCCUACAGUUGGAUGGAUGGCCUUCGUGCCGGCCUGCCACUUCUCCUGCUAUGAUGCCUGGGCAGAUCCCAGACCCUUCAGUGACCGCAGGUUCUCUACCAGGGCUCGGCCCCCUCACCGGACUUCCCAGCUCUGCUCUGACCACAGAGGAGCUGAAAUACGCUGACAUCCGCAACAUUGGGGCCAUGAUUGCGCCCUUGCACUUCCUGGAGGUGAAACUGGGCAAGAGGCCCCAACCCGUGAAGAGUGAGCUAGACGAGGAAGAAGAGCGAAGGAAAAGGCGCCGAGAGAAGAACAAAGUGGCCGCAGCCAGAUGCCGGAACAAGAAGAAGGAACGCACGGAGUUUCUGCAAAGGGAGUCAGAGAGGUUGGAGCUCAUGAACGCCGAACUGAAGACCCAGAUCGAGGAGCUGAAGCUGGAGCGGCAACAGCUUAUCCUGAUGCUCAACCGCCACCGCCCCACCUGCAUCGUGCGCACAGACAGCGUCAGGACACCCGAGUCCGAGGGCAACCCGCUGCUGGAGCAGCUGGACAAGAAGUGACUGAAGGCUUGAAGGAGGCAUCAGAGGAUGGGGAGGGGGGGUGGCAGAAGGAGAAGGGGUGAUGGAGGCCUCCCCCUGGGCGCAUGACAGACUCUACAAUGAGGCUUGGCAUAACUGGCCUCCAGCCGGCUCCUUUCCGAAACUCAGCCCAGCCACGCGAGAGCAAGAGCAGACUGAAGAGGGACCAAGCGACGAGACCAAAGUUGACCCGCAGGUAGGGGCUGUCGUACUCCAAGGCCCAGCUUGAAGGGCACCUCAGCUAGAGAGCUGCCCAGUCAGGUAGCCUCCUCAGGCAUGCCUCUGGCCUCUCUGCUGAGAUCCCUCACCCAAAGGACUACCGAGCAACCGAGAAAAGCCAUGCGUCCCAAACACGGUGUGGCCAAGGAUGGAACUCAGCGUGGACUGCAAUCCACCCUCCCCAGCCCUGCCCAAGCCCGGUGGAAAGGGGUGCACUGCGGGGCUGUGAUGGCCCUGCCCAGGUGGCACAGCCUGGUGGCCCUGCUGGAGUUUGCUGUGGCACUGAGGCGCGGGCGCCCUCCCAAAGCACACACUCAGUCGAUGAAUGUUUACAGACUGGCUGUCCUGGCGGGGCUUCCAACUGCACACCUUUUUUUUAUACUUUCUUUUUUUUUUUUAAAUAUUUUUUACAAAAAAAGGAUUUUAUACGAGCAAUAUAUAUAUGGAUUUCUAUAAUCACUCGAUGUGACACAGUACAAAUAUGCUAUGGUCUGUCGUUAAGGACAUCCACCCACCGGUUACAGCCGUUGUAAUUCCUAAGUACUGUAGGCUCUGGGUGUUGAGGGGUGGUGGCCAUGCGGUUGGGGUGCAUUUCCAUCCUUGUAAACCCUUCCUAGUACUCAGUCCUGUAUCGCUCAGUAAACAUUGCUCUUAAUUACUCA